AUGAGUAAGUUUGAAAAUAGCUUAACCUCAUUAAAUAAUGAAUAUGAUAUUUGCGUGAUUGGAGAAUUACAAACUGGUAAAACUUCUCUCAUUUUACAGUACGUUCAUCAUAAGUUUGUUGAAGAGUUAGACUCAGCAGUGGAAGAACUUUAUGUCAAAGUAUUCCGUAAAGGUACUAGCUAUAACGAAAUUUCAAUUUUAGAUACUUCUAGUAAUCAAGAUAAUUAUACUUCCACCAGGAAAAAGCAGUUGUUCAACACCUCAGUUGUUUUAUUCGUUUAUGAUAUCACUGAUCGUAAUAGUUUUCUUGCUGUUGAAGAAAAUUUAGAAAGAAUUAAGAAUAUCACUGGUGAGCUCCCUCCUUUUGCAUUAGCUGGUUUAAAAUCAGAUUUAGAAUUUGAAAGACAAGUUAGUUACGAAGAAGCUAAACUGUUGGCUUAUUCUUUGGGUGCUUUAAAUUUCGCUGAAGCUAGUGCUAAAGAAAAUAGCGGGAUUGAUGAUAUUUUCAAACCUUUGGUUACUAGAAUCAUUGACUAUAAA